AUGUCGGUCUCUCACACUGACUCCACAUCUCAGGGAACGACCCAUGAACUUGUCGACCUUUCGGUAAACCAAAGCGAGGUCAGUCCUCCGACCUUUGUCCUGGAAGACGUUGCCGACGUCAUGUGGAAGGCCGGGAGGCCAUUGGUUCUGCUGCUGGGCACCUGCGGCAACCUCAUGACCCUGCUCACCGUGCGGCACCUCAAGGGAGGCGAGUCGACCUUCUACGUGUACUUCUCCGCCCUGGCGGUGUCGGACCUGGUGUUGCUGUACGGGAGGGUCUUGCCUACCUGGAUCUUCCGCCAGUUCGGCUUCUACCUGGAGGAGCAUCACGACCUUCUGUGCAAAUUUCUGAGCUUCUUAACGCAGUCGACACCGCUGAUGUCAUCAUGGUUGCUGGUGGCGAUGACGCUGCAGCGAGCAGCAUCCGUGGUGUGGCCGCAUCGCGUGAACGUGACUUGCACGCCGAGGAUGACGCGAUCGGUCGUCUGCGUGGUGGGCCUCGUGGCUGUGGUGAUGAGCUCUCAUCUCCUGUUUGGCAUGGGCGUGCAGAACCUCAACGGCAGACGCUUCUGCAUGGCCGGGGACCCAGCUUACUCUCACUUUUACUAUUUCGUGUGGUCCUUCAUGUCGCUGGUCCUCGUCGCCUUCUUGCCGUCGUCCAUCUUGUUCAUAAGCAACAGCCUGCUGGCUUGGAAGGUCGGCAGCGCCGUGCGCCUCGCGGGCAACAAGCUGAGGUCAUGUGACGAGAAACAGAGACGUCAGCGCGAGCAGACAGUGACGUCAAUCACCGUCACAGUCAUGGCCGUGUCCGUUGCUUACUUCUUCAUGGUCCUCCCUCUCAGCAUCUACACCUUGGUGUACAACAACUUCCUAGUGGAAAGGACAGCCAACGACAGAGCCUUCAGGGCCCUGCAUCGAUUCUUGUGGUCCUUGCUAAUUAUCAGCGACAGUGUUGUCUACUCGCUGUCAAACGCAAAAGUCAUCCGUUAUUCGCUUGAUCGUUGA